AUGUCAUCUCGUCGCCACCGUAGGGAACCCGACCGUCCAAAACCCAGUGGCCCACGACUCCCUGAGCCAAAAUUUACGGAUUCUCCAUCCAAUGAAUCACAACAUGAUCGGCCACGACCUGGUGGUCCUCGAGAUAUGGAGGUGCGAACCACUGGCCAAAGAAACGUGGAUCCGCAACCUACGGAACCAGGACCCAGUGAUUCACGAAUCAGGGGACCACGAACCAAUGAGCCGCGACUCACGAGUGACCAACCCCAGCCUGGAGCUAGCAGGGCAGGGGACCAAAGACAAAUUGAACUCACGAGACUAAGUGAAACACUGGCGGCGAUUCGGUUGCAGAUAGAGACGAUAUAUCCCUUGAAAGCUGCACAGGAGGAAAAAGUGGACAGCCAAAAGAGCCGGGUUUCUCAGAUGGUCCGCGACAGACGGUCAAGCAGGGACAUAAGGAAGGCUACAGAAGAAUUGGAAGCGAGGAAGGCCACCCUGAAAGAGACUGUGAGAAAGCUGGAGAAAGCUAGAGAUGAAGACGAGCAAGUGUUUAUGACGAGGUGGCAUCUUCAGUAUGGCAAGUGA